AUGAAACGCCUUAACAUUUUCACCGCCGUAGUGGCAUCGCUGGCGGGCCUCCUUUUCGGUUUUGACACAGCCGUGAUCUCGGGCGUCACCACCGCGCUCCGCAAGGUGUUCGAACUGAGCGACGCCGGGUUGGGGCUUACCGUCGCGGUCGCGCUUCUCGGUACUUGCGUCGGCGCGCUAGGUGCCGGGCUCGUCGGCAACCGGCUCGGCGGGCGCGAUACGCUCAAGAUGGUCGGUUUCCUCUUCGCGCUGGC